AUGAAAUUCACUAAGAAGAACCCCCUCCGAUUUCUUUCACGGUUAGCAUCAUCCACGUCGACGUACAAAGAGCUGCCUUCGAUUAUAAAUUUAACUAUCGUAAAGUGGGAUGGUAAUGAGUUUGAAGUUCAAGUCGGCAGAAACGCUACUGUGGCGAAGGUUAAGAAAGCUAUAGAAGAUGUUGUUGCAGAUAAACAAGUAAGAUGGCCUUUCGUAUGGGGCUACUUAUGGUUGGUGUACAAGGAUUAUAAACUGAUAGACGAUAAAGAUAGAAUCAGAAACAUUCCGAUCCAUGAUAGAUCAAAGCUCUCCUUUGUGCGCCAUCGCCUACCAGGUGCAGCUUGUAUAUUGGAGGAUAGAGGGCCCGGACGCAAAAGAAUAUUUUGA